AAAAUUUUCUUCCUUUUUUUUCCUUUUAAGUAGAACCUCUGGCUACAUCAGUAUAAUGCGUAUUAAAUAGCUCAUUAAAUAGUUUGGGCCUAAUCUUUAUAUACGGACAGAAUAAGACGUCAUUGGACAAUUCCAGAAAAAUAUAAGGAAACAAAUGAGGAAAUGCAAAAAUGGAAAAUAAAAUGCAAUUUCUGCUUACUUGUCACACUUAAAAACCAGACACAGAGCAAAGAAGACGAGUUCACUAAUGGUUAGGUCCAGAAAAUCCAACGGCGACCAUUAAAACGCUGCCUUUUGUUCGUCAACUUCGUUUGCUUUAGCUUAAUUCCCAAGUCACCACUCCUAGUUUCCAUGUUGUCUACUCCAAACAGCUCCAUUCCCUAAACCCCUAAAGAGCAAUGGAUCCUUGUCCUUUCAUCCGUCUCACGAUCAGUAAUCUAGCUCUGAAACUUCCUUUAGCGGCGAAGUCGUCAAGCUCCGCCGUGCAUCCCUCCUCAUCUCCAUGUUUCUGCAAAAUCAAACUCAAAAACUUCCCACCGCAAACCGCCGCUAUCCCCUACAUUCCACUGGAGACCACUCAGUUCCCGGAGAUCCAAACCCUAGCCGCCACGUUCCACCUCAGCAGCUCAGAUAUCAAACGCCUAGCUUCCAGAUCCAUCUUCGCUUCGAAACCAUCUCUCAAGAUCUUCAUCUACACGGGAAGCGCCGGCGCUGCGUGCGGUGUAAACUCCGGCGGUCUUCUGGCGGAAGUCUCAGUGCCGUUGGAUCUUGCUGGGACCCAAUCGAAGCCGUGCGUGUUCCACGACGGAUGGAUAGCUGUCGGAAAAGGAGCCGGAGCCGGGAAAGCGUCGUCGGCGGCUCAGUUUCACCUGAAUGUGAAGGCGGAGCCUGAUCCUAGAUUCGUUUUCCAGUUCGACGGCGAGCCUGAGUGUAGUCCUCAAGUGGUUCAGAUUCAAGGCAGUAUCCCACAACCCGUUUUCACUUGCAAAUUCAGUUGUCGGAACACGACCGGAGAUCGUACUAUCAGAUCAAGAUCAUUGCCGACGGAGACGAGUGUUCCCCGGAGCUGGCUAAACUCGUUCGGGAGCGAGAGAGAACGUCCCAAUAAAGAGCGAAAGGGAUGGUCCAUAACGGUCCACGACUUGUCAGGCUCUCCAGUAGCUAUGGCCUCAAUCGUCACACCGUUCGUUGCAUCUCCUGGAACCGACCGUGUGAGCCGGUCUAACCCCGGGUCUUGGCUCAUCCUCCGUCCCGGAGACGGUACAUGGAAACCCUGGGGACGACUUGAGGCAUGGCGGGAACGCGGCGGAGCCACCGAUGGGCUCGGUUAUAGAUUUGAACUCAUCCUAGACGGGUCAAGCGGUGCAGGGAUCGUGCUUGCGGAGUCGAGUAUUAGUUCUCACAGAGGUGGGAAGUUCUCGAUCGAAUUGGGAUCAUCGCCAACAGGUAGUGGUGUGGGCCGAACGAGGAGUCGUGGCGGCGGAAGCGGUGGAGCGUCGCCGGCGAAUAGUCCGAGAGGAGGGAGCGUACAGAAAGGGUUUGUGAUGGCAGCGAGUGUGGAAGGUGAAGGGAAAUGUAGUAAGCCGUGUGUAGAGGUUAGUGUGCAGCACGUUAGCUGUAUGGAGGAUGCAGCUGCUUACGUGGCUCUUUCUGCAGCUGUUGAUCUUAGUAUGGAUGCUUGCAGGUUGUUUAAUCAACGGAUGAGGAAAGAGCUUUCCCACCAUAGUGAGUCACUUGGCUGAAGAUUUUCUCUUUUUUUUGUUUACAAAAUGUUUAGUCACAAAAUGGCCUUCAAGUUUUUUUUUUCUUUUUGGAAAAAAGAUCUUCAGUAAGGCACUAACAAAUUAGGUUGUACAUAGUGAGUUUGCAUUUUGGACUUUGUGUGGCUUCGUAUUGUUUUUUUUUUUUUUUUUUUGUGCGAGUGAGGUGAAGAGUGAGUUUCUUUUGUCACUCUUCAUCUGACUUUGAUCUGAUUAUGCAAGUGUAUAAAUUUAGUAAAUCAAAUUCAGAAAGUUUGCUUUAUCUGUUGGAUGUUCAUGGUAGACUCUGAUAAUAAACUUAGUUUGGUUAGAAAUGAAAUUAAUUAGUCACAGUGUUGGUAAGUUGUUGAGAAGAUGAACGUGGACCAUUGCAAAGGUGUGAUGCAACUGAACUUUAACUUGUUUGACUAUACGAACCACAAAAAAUAAAUUAAUGUAUCUAAUAUUGUAGCAUGAGAUAUUAUGAAUGCUUUAUGUCGGAACAUAUAGCAUAGUAAUUCUAUCCUAUAUGUGAGGGACGAUAAUAACAACAAUCGAUAGGCUAGGUAACUGCAAAUCAAGUAAGUUUAACGGAUAAGACUGAGUUAGUUACGUGGCGGUUAUGAUGGCGCAGUUAUCAGGUGAUCGACGACUACAGAACCAAGAAAAUGACUUCUUUUCUUUUCACAUUCCUCUUUCUUAUUGGAUGGAGUUUUAAUGGAAGUUUGAGUGCGUCCUAAAAGCCAAUACUUCCACCUUUUGGAAGUGUCUGCCUAUAUGUGUCCUCCCUUCCGUUAAAGAAAGAUGAGAGAGAGAGAUAGCAAGCACAUAAAUGCAAUUGAAUUUAAUAAAAGAAGGCUAGUAAACAGUUGAUAAGAAAAAAGAAGGCUAGUAAACUAGGAAGGACCAACCCUGCAUUGAUCGGUCCUCUAUCGCUCAAACCAGGGCCCAAACUCCCUAAUACAUCGGAAGUGAUAGCAACCUGUGAGACCCACCCAACUCUAAUGGAUGACACAAUUUGUGUGUGUUUUCAAGAAAUUCCACCGACGUUUCCAAUAAAUAAAUAAAUAAAUAAAACAAUGAAACUAGAAAAUUGUCCUUAUCCUUUCAAAUUUGGAAUUAGGGAAGCUGAAUCCAUCUUCUUCUUACACUAUCACUUUCGUUAUCUGUUUUCAGAUUUAGUUUUUUUUUUUAAGACGAUGGACACUUACACCGAUUGUGGAUAAUAGAGAGAACUGAGACAAAGCGUAGGCAAUGCGAUUAGAUGACCUGUAGUACUUACUGUCUUUUAUAGCUGAGUUGUGCUGUUUCAAUCGUUGGUCACAAUUAUGUGGAUUUGUUAUAAAUCAUUAAGUGGAUGGUCCAUAACCAAUGACCAAGACAAGGCCCAAUCCGUGACCAAUGGAGGAGAGAGAAACGGACGUCCGAGGAGAGAGAGUCGGCCUAUCCUUUGGCCGACUUAGACUUAUGAUGUUUUUCCUUUUCUCUGUUUUAGAUCUUUUCAUAUUUCCUGUUGGAUUAGGUUUUGGAUAAUUUCCUUUUUACUUAUACUUUGUAAUCCAUAUAAAAGGAACAUCUAUUGUUCAUUAAUAAUACACAGACAAUUCUCCAUUC